AUGUCACUCGCACCCGUACAGCCUCCAGAAUGGCUGGAAAGCUACGCGACCCAUCGGCAUGACUGGCAGCAAACGACGCAAAACAAUCGCGUCGUCUACUACCGGCGCAUUGGCAUUGUCGAAAGCCUGUUCAACACCGACGGCACCGAUUUCGAGGGCCGAGCGGAUCUGACGAUGCACCUGCACGUGGAAAUGAGAACGUCUCUGAGCCCCGAAACACUGCGAGCACGAAUCCUGCGUGCAUGGAGCGUCAUGCGGCAGAAACACAUCCUUCUCUCCGCCCGAGUUGCCACAGCGGUCGAUAUCCCCCAACCACAGUCCUCUUUCACUCCCGAAGAACGCUUGUAUGUCUUCGAGCCAAGCACAGAUCCAGGAGCGAUGUUGCUCGAGGCAGAAAAGCACGCCGUGUUCGUGGGAGACUUUUAUCCGCAGGGCGUGGAUGCCAAUGAGUUCUUCAUCCACACGCUGAACUCGAGUCGAUGCAUAGACGAGGCCCAGGCGCUGGGCAGACUCUUUGUCAUGCCAAUCCAGGGCGAUGCAGAUGGCCUGCUUCAAGCCCACUUGAUGUUCAUUGCCGGGCACGAGAUUGUUGACGGCCUCAGCUCGAUGAGGUGGAUGUCUUCGUUCGUCGACCUGCUGAACCAAUCAGCUCAGCAGCUGUCCUCGGAAGCAGACCGUCUUUGCACUAUCUCGCCAGUCGACCGACUUCCGCCUGCACAAGAAUCCUUGUAUCCUCCGGUGAAAGGUUCUGCAGCGCGACGGCGAUGGGCAUGGCUCCUGACUCGCAUACUUCGGCACACACGCAGGCCUCCUCCUGCAUCGUUCCAAAACCCGCUUCGACGAAGGACAGCACUAUUGCCCCAACAAGAAGCCAUUUCCCUCGAACCGAAGUUCUUCGGUGUUCUAGAUUACACGCGAACACCCCCUCUCAACACGUUGCCACUCAGAGCACUUCUAGGCCCCUCGUCCACGAGGAGGCUGGCCAGAGUGUGCCGCCAGGCCGGAAUCAGCAUGGGAAGCGGCUGCUUCGCGCUGGUGGCGCUGGUCAUGAUGCUCUUCGAGGAAAGACGCCACCCCCAUGUUCCCACGCACGAGCGCCUGCCCUUCGUAGGCUCCUUCCCUGUCAACCCCAGGCCGUUCCUGGGCGGCAAGCCCACGACGGGCAAGGAGGACAGUCUGAUGCUCGCGUUCAGCGACGGCAUCACGCUGCCGUUCUUGCCCAGCGACCUGGACCUCGAGGGCAGAUUGCGGCUGCUGGGCAAACAGGCACACCGCCAACUCCGCCGGUAUCAGAAGCGGCCGAGGACCGUGGACGAAGAAAUCCACCUCGGCUCCAGGAGCCCCAGUCAGCUUCUGCCGCUGCUCUACCUCUCCACACUGGAGUAUCUCGAGAGGAAGAGCCAGGGGGCCCGAAGACGCGGCUGGAACAUCCAGGGCGCGUACCCGGCCAGCACGGGCCCCGGUCUGGCGACCUGUGGAGUGAGCUCGGUGGGUGCUCGAGGGUCCAUCAUCGCCUCGGGCAAAUACGAGACGUCCACGAGAGGAGAAUCCCUGUCACCAGGAUCAGGUGGACGGGACGUGGUGGCGGACUUUCGCAACCUGUACACCACGGUUCGCGCCAGAGACGGCGAAUUCCUCGUCGGGGUCCACGGGGAUGGCGACCACCUAUUGUUCGGGGUCAGCUACGAUGCAGGUGCCAUUGACCCGGGUCUGGCGAGCGAGUGGAAGCUCGUCAUGGAGAGGAUCCUAGAGGACCAAGAUGCUGCUGCUGCUGCGAGACGCACCACCGCCACCACCAGCAUUCCGUGCUUCCCGUCCCACAAGCUCUGA